AGGUUCUCCGUCCGUCCGGCUUUGCGGACUCAAGGAGAGAAAGGAAAAGAAAUCCUCAGCGUAACUGCACUUAGGACCUAAGAAGAUAAAUAAAUAUUUGUGCACAGGUCCACGUCCACAUCCGCCUCCCCAUGCAGAACUCAAUGAAAUGAAUAAAGCACCACAGCCUAUAACGGGACCCCCUUCCACCCCCCACCCUGCUCCCUCCCCAGGUCUUUCACAGCCCUCUUUCCCUCCUGGGCAGCCCCCUCCUGUUAUGUUUACAACCCCACCUCCUCCACAGAUGAACCCCACACCACAGCCCCGACAGUUUGCCCCAGGGCCCCGACCCAUACACCAACAGGGAAGUUUCAGGUCUCUGCAGCCCUACUACACAAACAGGGCCAGCUUGCCUCCCAGCAGCGGGCCUCGGGGCAUCCCACCCAGCAGUGCUCCUCGGCCAGUGACGCCGACCCAUGUUUACCAGGCAGGCCCUGGAUCCCAGAUGAUGAUGAUCCCCCAGCAACUGUCGUCCUUCCCCAGCUCACCACAGGGACCUGCCUAUUUCAUUCCAGGACAGUACCGAUCUCCAACCUAUGUGACCACACCCCAGCAGUACCCGGUCCCAGCAGGCACCCCCAGCUUCUACCCAGGCACCAGCCCUGCUGAAUAUGGUACUUAUGGGGCCUACUACUCCGCACAGCCUCAGUUCACCCCCUCUGUGCAGCCGGCACCGGUUAUUUUGAACCCGGCCCCCCAACAACAGCAACCACCACCUCAGCCUUCCCAACACAUCCCCACCAAACGGGAGCGCAAACAGAUUACAAUAAGAGACCCUAACCAAGGAGGUCGAGACAUUACAGAGGAGAUUAUGUCAGGAGGCCGAAGUCGCUCCACCCCCACCCCACCACAGACAGCUAUAUCUGGAUCAGAAAGUUCAGCAGAGCCACAGGCUAACGGUGAGAGCAUCCCAGCUGCUGCUACACCAGCUCCGGUUAGACCAGAUGACCGAGGGAAACUUACGCCUCCCCCUCUGUCACAGACGCCUGAGCUUAUGAAGGGCGACCCCCUACCCACAGAGGCUUCCUCCUCUGACACGAACACUAAGGCGCCUGCACCCCCUCUACCCUCAGUAUCAAAAGACACCCCUUCUGACACCGUUUCCACAUCCUGUGCUGCUGUCGCAGAUGCGAUGGAUGCUCCCCCGCCUCCAAGGGAGGCAACUCCACCCCCUGAGUUAGCACCAGAAGUACCUGCCUACCCUGCACCUCUUCCUGACCCUGCACCCACCUCCUCUGCACAAAAUGAAAUGGACCCCAAGGCAGAAGAGGAGGUGGAGGAGGUGAAAGAGGAGGAGGCAGAAGCCUCUGUGGACACGUGCCAUGCUCCUCCCUCCUCUAACGGUACAGCAGAGGUGGAGCAAGAGAAGCUGUCAGUCACAUUACCACCUAGUAACCUGGACGACCCUCUAGAGUCUCCCAUUGCACAGCCUGAGGAGCUCCGCCUUCCCAAUGGCCUCCCUCUCCCAGCUCCUCAGGACCCUGAGGCUCCCAUCGUCAGCAUGGCCGAGCGCGACGACAGCCCCAUAGCUGAGCCGGACAUCAGUCAGCAACCAGACUCACAGACCCCCAUAACUGUAACCGAGGCAACAGCCAAACUAACUGUCCAAGCCACACCUACACCUUUGGACCAGUCAGCACCUACACCUGCUGAGGAGUGUCCUGAUGAAGCGGUCGUCAAAGCAACGCCUGCUCAGCCUGAGGUACAAGAACUGCUUUCUGAUGCUGCUCCGCAUGUUAAAGUAGAAGCAGCAGAGACUCAGUCCAACGCCAAGGAGGAGACGUCGUCUCAUGCAGAGACAGUUUCCACAGCCGAAAGCACACCAGAGACAUCGUCCAUUCCUCUUCGUCCCACAGCAGAGAACAGGGAGGACACCCCUCCUCCUCAGAUCGUCAACCCCCCCCCUGUAGAAAAUACUAUGCAAGCUGCUUUGUCUGUGCCAAAGAAGAAGAGAAAGAUGAAGGAUCUGAACAAAAAGGAGGCGGUGGGAGACCUCCUAGAUGCCUUUAAGGAGGAGCAGGUAGUUGUCCCACCAGAGCCCGAGCCGGCUCCCGCCCCAGCACCAGAACCUCCUGCUGCUACUUCUCCUGCCCCCGACGAGGCAGAGCUGACAUGGGAGGAUAAGGAGGACAAAUUAGAUGCAGAGAACAUUCAGCCUGAUUCUCCCAAUCAGACCUCCACCGACAUGAAGUACCAGUACAAAGAGGAACAAUGGAAACCAAUAAACACAGAAGAGAAGAAGAAAUAUGACAGAGAGUUUCUUUUGGGAUUCCAGUUCAUCUCAGCCAGCAUGAACAAGCCUGAGGGUUUACCAGCCAUCAGCGAUGUGGUCCUUGACAAGGCAAACAAGACCCCUCUCCGUCAGCUCGACCCCAGCCGCCUCCCAGGGAUGAACUGUGGACCUGACUUCACACCUUCUUUCGCCAACCUUGGCAGGCCAGGCAUGGGAGGAGGAAGCAGAGGACCGCCUCCAGGUUUGGGCAUGGGAGUCGGUGGUCCCCGUCGCUCUCAGCAAAUUCAGAGGAAAGAGCCACGGAAGAUCAUCACCAGCAUGUCGCUUAAUGAUGACGUGCAGCUCAACAAGGCGGAGAAGGCUUGGAAACCUUCGGUGAAGAAACCCACUCGCAGCCGCGCGGUGGAGGAGACGGUGGAGGAGAGCGACGUGGAGCAGAUGAAGACCCAGGAUCUGUUUAAACGGGUCCGCAGUAUCCUCAACAAACUCACCCCUCAGAAGUUUCAGCAGCUGAUGAGACAGGUGUCAGAACUGACCAUCGACACUGAAGAGCGGCUGAAGGGAGUCAUAGACCUGACCUUUGAGAAGGCCAUCUCUGAGCCGGACUUCUCUGUGGCCUACGCCAACAUGUGCCGCUGCCUUUCCGGGGUCAAGGUCCAAACCUCAGAUAAGCCGGGACUUGGUCCAAAUUUCCGUAAACUGCUGCUAAAUCGAUGCCAGAAGGAGUUUGAGAAGGAUAAGGAUGACGAUGAGAUCUUUGAGAAGAAGCAGAAGGAGCUGGAAGCUGCGUCUGGGGAGGAGGAGAAGCAGCGGCUUAUUGAGGAGCUGGAAGAUGCUAAAGACAAGGCCAGGAGGCGCUCGCUGGGCAACAUCAAGUUCAUCGGCGAGCUGUUCAAACUCAAAAUGCUCACAGAGGUCAUCAUGCACGACUGCAUUGUAAAGCUGCUCAAAAACCACGACGAGGAGUCCCUGGAGUGCCUCUGCAGACUGCUGUCCACCAUUGGCAAGGACCUCGACUUUGAGAAGGCCAAGCCUCGUAUGGACCAGUACUUCAACCAGGUGGAGAAAAUCAUAAAGGAGAGAAAGACCACGUCCAGGAUCCGCUUCAUGUUACAGGAUGUUCUGGACCUUCGGCGGAACAACUGGGUUCCACGCCGAGGCGACCAGGGCCCCAAGACCAUUGACCAGAUCCACAAAGAAGCUGAGCUGGAGGAACACAGGGAGCAGAUGAAAGUACAGCAAGCCCUCAUCUCCAAGAAGGAGCUGAGCGGAGGUCCAGGAGGCAGGAUGGGUGGAGGAGGUCCUGGAGGUCGGGUGGGCCCUCACACACCAGGCCGCGGCGCUCCUCCCCAGGAUGAAGGCUGGAAUACAGUGCCCAUCUCCAAAAACCGACCCAUUGACACCUCUCGCCUUAGUAAAAUCACAAAGACUCCCGUUCUGGACUUCAACAAUCAGUUACUGGCUCCAGGAGGUAAAGGCACGUGGGGCAGCUGGGGUAAAGGCAGCAGUGGUGGCACCAGUGCCAAACCUGCAGAUUCUGGCUCAGAGUCAGGAAACCGUCCAGCCACCAGCACCCUGAACCGGUUCUCCGCCUUGCAGCAGCCUCUGUCCUCAUCAGGCUCUACACUGGAUUCUGACAGACGAGUUCCUCAGAGAAACAGCUCCAGUCGAGAGCGCAGCGAUCGCUUUGACCGCUCUGACCGCGGUGCCGAUCGCUUCGACCGGCGGGACGAGCGGCGGGACGAGCGCGACCGAAACCGCCUCCAGGUCACCAAACGCAGCUUCAGCCGGGAGAAGGAGCAGAGCCGGGAGAGAGAGCAGCGCGGGUCUGCCCAUCCUGUUCGCCGAGGGGCGAGCAUGACGGACGAGCAAGACCGAAGCAGCAGAGAGCGAGCGAGGAGCAAAGAGAGCGUGAAGCAGGAGACAGCUGCCAACCCCCCACCUCCCCAGACCCCCACCAAACCUGCCUUGACAGAGGAAGAAAUGGAAAAGAAGUCCACAGCUAUCAUAGAGGAAUAUCUCCACAUCAAUGACAUGAAGGAGGCUCUGCAGUGUGUGCAGGAGCUGAACAGCACUCCGCUGCUGUAUGUGUUCGUACGAAACGGGCUGGAGUCCACGCUGGAGCGCAGCACCAUCGCCAGAGAGCACAUGGGCUUGCUGCUGCACCAGCUCAUCAAGACCGGCACCCUCCCUGCAGAGCAGUACUACAAAGGGCUUCAGGACAUCCUGGAGGUAGCUGAAGACAUGGCGAUAGACAUCCCCCACAUCUUCCUCUACCUGGCAGAGCUGACCACCCCCAUGCUGCACGAGGGAGGAAUCCCCAUGGGAGAACUGUUCAGGGAGAUCUCAAAGCCCCUGAUCCCGCUGGGUAAAGCUGGAGUCCUGCUGGUCCACAUCCUCACUUUACUCUGCAAUGGAAUGAGCCAUAAAAAGGCUGGAACCAUGUGGAGGGAGGCAGGCCUUCGGUGGACGGAUUUCCUUCCCGAGGACGUCGACGUCAAUAAGUUUGUAACAGAGAAGAAUGUUGAGUUCACUCUGGGCGACGAGUCGGAGAAGAGCAGGAAGAAGGAGAUGAGCGCUGCUGAGCUGACCAAACACCUGGACAGACUGAUCCAGGAUCAGGCCGACAAUCAGAGGAUCUUUGACUGGGUGGAGGCCAACCUGGACGAGCAGCAGAUGUCCUCUAACAUGUUUGUCAGAGUACUGAUGACCUGCAUCUGUCAGUCAGCAAUCAUCUGUGAAAACCCCUACAAGGUGGACGGGGAGCAGAUCAAGCAGAGAGCCAAGCUGCUGCAGAGAUAUCUGAAGGAUGAGCAGAAGGAGCUGCAGGCUCUCUACUCCCUGCAGGCCCUGAUGGUGCAGAUGGAGCAGCCUGCCAAUUUGCUGCGAAUGUUCUUCGACACGCUUUACGACGAGGACGUGAUCAAAGAGGAGGCCUUCUACAAGUGGGAGUCUAGCAAAGACCCCGCCGAGCAGCAGGGUAAAGGCGUGGCCCUCAAGUCCGUCACCGCCUUCUUCACGUGGCUCCGCGAGGCCGAGGACGAGUCGGACAACAGCUAGGAGGAGGCGGGGGAACCGGAGAGGAUCUGUGGAGGAUUCAGAAGAGUCUGAAUCAGCAAAAUCCUUCUGCUUAAACAGAAAAAAUGAGAAAAAAAUUUCUUCAACUGGGAGAGAUCGUAUUCUGGAUCGAACGUUCGAUCAUUAUUUACUUUCCUGUUUCGCGUUUUUUUUCUGGGCGACAGAAUGUCUUUUUGAAGUAAAUACAGCAUCAGAGAAUCUACGAGGACGCUGAGCAGCACGAUGAAGGCUGUUUACUGCAGUAUUUUUUCAGCUUGUUUCCAGACGGCUUUUCCUUGCCAUGGCAACACUAUUCAAGAGUCAGUUUUUUUUUUGCUUAAAGACAGAUUAAAACUAAAGAGCUGUUCACAUCUAUAUUUUUGAGGAACUUGUGUGUUACGGCGUAAGCGGGCGCCGUUGCGCCGCAUGGCGUGCUGACGUAGACGAUGGUUUCUGUUUCCCAGCGUCAGACGAGUGGAGUGUUUUCUAAUAGAAACAAACGAAGAGGAGCAGCGGCGGACUGGAAACGGUGAGGAGAGGGCCGAUGAAAUGCCAUUUCACCUGCUUUCCUAUUUUCCCAAAAAAGAAAGAAAAAAGAUCUGGACUAAGAGGGAGAGCACGCCUCCUCCACAGCCUGAUGUUGGAUUUUAAAAAGAGAAAACUUGAAGAAAACCUUCAAAAAUCCACUUUAAUAAAACAAAAGACUUAAGAAAACAAAGUUAACUGCAUAUUUUAAGGCCUUUUUCUUCCAUGAGUGGAAAUGCAUUUCAGAAGAGUUCUGUAAAUAUAUGACGGAAUUUUUUUCUUU